AUGACUAUCCUUUGCUUUGUUGGCACCCUAUAUCUGGUGUUAAUUCAGAGUUUUCCAGCCAUAUUUCAACUUUACGUCGGAAAGAACACAAAAGUGAAAUACGCAAGGUGUUUUGUACACAUAACAACCCACAUGCUGUUCUUGUCCGGGUCAAAACUUCUCAUGAUUAUUGUGACUACGAUACACGACGAUGACGAUAAAUGUUUGUUUGCUGGUUUCAUUCAGCUCGGCAUCUUCACAGCAUUCGAACUUAUGAACUUGUUGCACGCGGUCAUGUUAUAUGUGUUACGACGCAGCCACAGGCCUAUGGGGCUGCUUCUUCGGCUCAUUGCUUGCGUGUAUGGUUUGAGCUGUGCCGAGGCUACUCUCCUCCAUAUCAUCAUACCUUAUCAGACGUUCAACAUAAAUUGUCUUCCCACAAAUAUUCGCAACAUAUGGGCAAUCCCAAAUGUCACAAUUGGAUUAGUCACAUUGAUCCUCAUCUCCGCUUAUCUAUACCUAUUCGGAACUGAGUACUGGACGGAGGUUUUGGGGGUCGUCAUGAACACCGUACAUAGUUUAAUUCUCGGCGGAAUUCUCAUACACAAUGGACACAUUGGCAAACAAAUGAGCAUAGUGGUGACCAGUCUUGUAGUCUGCAACACCGUUCAAGGUUUCACACUGUUCGUCCACAGCUGUUUGCUGAAGGAAAAGGGAUGGAAGAUGUUACCUUCUCUACACGCCUUGCGGAGGCGCCUCCCGAGACAAAAAGAAAGCGGUCCCUUAGGCACAACGCAACAAAGCCACGUGGAUAUUCGUAAUCUAAAUCAGCAACCACUGCCAUCGUUCAGCGGCAGUACGCUUUUUCCCAGAGAAAGCCAUUCCAUCGAGUCACUAUCCUCAUUGGAACUUGAAGAACCCGAUGAAAGACUUCCCAUAAAGGCAAGUUGUCGGAUACCAUAA